GGCACAUUGGCUCCAUCCCCUCUCUAUCAUCUCAUCCCCCCCCCCAACCCCCGCCACGCCGACAUCCAUCUGCAAAAAAAAAAAAAAAGAAAAAAAAAAGUAUAUAUUUCUGAUUGCCAGCCGCACCAGGAGGAGGAUUUAAUUGCGUGCGUUUGUGGGUGUGUGCACGCGCCUGCGCGCGCGUGUGUGUGUGUGUGUGUAUGUGAGCAGAAGGAGGGUACAGGCUCGUCACGUCGGUGCAAGCUGCUGUGAAAGGUCCUACUAUUCAACAAUGUGUGGACGGGGCACCGUGGCCUCACUGUGCCUGUUGGCUUGCUUGUUGGCGGCCUUCAGCGGCGCCCUGGGCGCGAAAAGCUCUGGGCAGAACAGCUUGACAGAGGGGGAUACAGAUAACACAACAGUGUUCACCAAAAUCUUGGACAGCCUUCUGGACGGCUAUGACAACCGCCUCAGGCCGGGACUGGGAGAGCGUGUAACUGAAGUCAAGACUGACAUUUUCGUGACUAGUAUUGGGCCAGUUUCGGACCACGACAUGGAGUACACCAUUGACGUGUUCUUCAGACAGAGCUGGAAGGACGAGAGGUUAAAGUUCAAAGGUCCCAUGGCCGUGCUGCGUCUCAACAACUUGAUGGCCAGCAAGAUCUGGACACCUGAUACUUUCUUCCAUAACGGCAAGAAGUCAGUCGCCCACAACAUGACCAUGCCCAACAAACUACUGCGGAUCACAGAGGAAGGCACGCUGCUCUACACCAUGAGGCUGACUGUGAGAGCAGAAUGUCCCAUGCACCUUGAAGACUUCCCCAUGGAUGCUCAUGCCUGCCCACUCAAGUUUGGCAGCUAUGCUUACACUCGAGCAGAGGUGGUGUACGUGUGGACCAGAGGGGCCGCUAACUCCGUGGUGGUGGCGGAUGACGGUUCCAGGCUGAACCAGUAUGAUCUGAUGGGGCAAAGCGUGGACUCAGGUGUGGUGCAGUCCAGCACAGGAGAGUACGUGGUGAUGACCACCCACUUCCACCUGAAGAGAAAAAUUGGCUACUUUGUGAUCCAGACGUAUCUGCCCUGCAUCAUGACGGUCAUCCUCUCCCAGGUGUCCUUCUGGCUCAACAGAGAGUCUGUCCCUGCCAGGACUGUCUUUGGAGUGACGACUGUCCUGACCAUGACGACUCUCAGUAUCAGCGCCAGGAACUCCUUGCCCAAAGUGGCCUACGCCACUGCUAUGGAUUGGUUCAUCGCUGUGUGCUACGCCUUUGUCUUCUCGGCCCUCAUUGAGUUUGCCACAGUCAACUACUUCACCAAGCGAGGUUACGCCUGGGAUGGAAAAAGUGUGGUGCCAGAGAAGCAAAAGAAGAAGAAGGAGUCCCUCCUGAAAAAGAACAACACCACAGCGUACCCGGCCGCCACUGCUACAGCCUUCGCCCCCAACAUUGCCAGGGACCCGGGAUUGGCCACCAUUGCCAAAAGCGCUCCGCCGCCACCGACCGAGCCCAAGGAGGAGCCAAAGCCCAAACCUCCCGAGGCCAAGAAGACCUUUAACAGCGUCAGCAAGAUUGACAGGAUCGCCAGAAUAGCCUUCCCUCUGCUUUUUGGAACCUUUAACUUGGUCUACUGGGCCACCUACUUGAAUAAGAAGCCCAAACUGCAGGGGAUGGGUCCACACUAAUCCAUCUUUGGCUCCUUUUCAAUUCUACCUAUAACUUUCAUUUUCUUUGGUAUUCUUCCUCGACAGAAAAAAAAAAAAAAAAAAGGAGAAAUGUUUAUUUUCAGACAAACAUGAUGUCCACGCUGGUUUGACUCCCCAGUCGUUGCUUUGCUUCUGUUCUAUCAACAUUUUGAAGAUUUUGAGAAAACAAAACAGAGACAUGAAAAUAUAUUUAAAAAAAGAACAACAUUGAUACAGACUUUUGAGAGGGUUGCUGUUCAGGUGCGGGAAGACACUUCUAAGAAAAUGCUAGCGUAAAUAUAUACAGUAGCCAAAAGGAGAAUGCUAUUCCAUCUACCAAUCUUGUCUAGGGCUUUUUCUUUCCACGUGGUUCUUUUUUUCAGGGUUCUGGUUAUGUGCUUUGCAGAGAAAAGGGUGUCCCUUGACUACUCGACACAAGAUAAAUACACGAGUUGAAGAACAAAUCAUGGAGAAGGUCCAACAGUUUCACAUGCCCUUACUGCCCAACAUUCAGUGUCACAACAAACUGUAGGGUCAGCUUUUUCGCUUGUCAAAGGACGGAAUCUAACUGAUGUUCCUCUACGUAUUUUUAAAAGUACAUACAAAGCAGGUGUGUCUCAGUUUUAUAUCUUCUAACUUGGAUUCUUGUCAUCAAAAAAAAAAAAAAAAAAAAAAUGAAGAAGUUAUUGUAAAUGACUGUUAGUUUUUUUCCGCAUUGAAAACAAAUCAUGCUUUUCAUUAAAAAGAUAGAUCGCUAACGCUUCAAUAAAGGCAUGCACACUGCAUCCGGAAAAUAUUCACGGCACUUCACUUUUUCCACAUUUUGUCAUGUAAUAUAUUCAAAAUAUUCAUCGUUGUCCUCAAAAUUCUACAGAAAAUACACCUCGAAGACAAUGUGAAAAAGUUAUUUGUUUUUUUUUUCAAAUUGUGCAAAUGUAUUAAAAAUACAAAAGUAGAACAUAAACUAGACACACCUAUUCCAUUCCUCUAUACAGCACCUCUCAAGCUCCAUCAGGUUGGGAAUCUUUUGUUUUUUUCUCCAGGAUGUGUCAAUACAUUGUUGCAUUCAAUUUUCCCUCCAUCCUGACUCUAGUCCCACAGUUCUUGCCACUAAAAACCAUCCCCACAGCAUGAUGCUGCCACCAGGGAUGGUAUGAGCGGUGCCAGGUUUCCUCCAAACCUGAUGCCUAGCAUUCACGCUAAAUAGUUCAUUCUUUGACCAGAGAGUUUAGUUUCUCAUGGUCUGAGAGUCUUUCAAGUGGAUUUUAUUCAAACUUUUUCCCCAGAAAUUAUUUAUGUCUGGGCACUACCGCAGAGGCUAAAUUGGUGGUUUGCGGCAGCGAUGGUGGUCUUUCUGGAAGCAGUAGCUUUGACAGAGUGACCAUCGGGUUCUUGAUCUCCUCCCUGACUAAACUAAAAUGAGUUGAGCUUGAGAGGUGCUGCAAAGAGGAAUGUGCAAAACUGCCCAAAGAUAGUUGUGCCGAGGUGGUGGCAUCGGGUUUGAAAAAAAUUUGAGGCUGUAAUUGCACCCAAAGGUGCAUCAACAAAGUGAUGCGCAAAAGCUGUGAAUAUUUAUAUUGAGGGGAUUUUUUUUUAUUUUGUUGUAUUUUUUUUCAGUUUGGAUACAUUUGCAACAUUUUGAAAAUGUUUUUUUGAAAAUUACGUUGUCAUCAUGGGGUAUUGUCUGUAGAUUUUUUGGAACAAAAAAAUGAAUUUAUUCUAUUGUGUAAUACAGCUGUAACAUAACUAAAUGUGGAAAGAGUGAAGCGUUGUGAAUACUUUGUCUCAGUUUUGUAUCUCAUUACUUUGAUUAAGUCAGGAAGUUAGAUUAGGUUGGGGGAAAAAAAAUCAAUUAGGUGACUGUUCUUUUUUUGCUUUGAAUACAAAUCACAAAAUGAGGCUAUCCGCGCUUUUAAUAAGAUAGCAACAGUACAAAUUAAGAAUACAUAUCGCUGCAAACUCACUGAAAAAUAUGCAUUUCUCCCAUUUUUUUUCCUCCCUCAAAAGAUAUGAAAGUCACUUUAAUUAAAAAAUAUAUAUAUAUAUAUAUAAUUUUCAACUGAAAUGUAAAACAUGUUUUUGGAGAUACAUGGUUUUCAUCAGAUAGCAACAAUUCAAAAUGCAUUACAGAAUAAUACCCGACCCACGACAACUUUAAAGGAAUAUAUGUCGCUGCUGCUUAAAUAAAAAGCAUGUCUCCAUUUGGGGUUUUUACAUCUAAAUGUGUUCGUAUUUGUAUUUUUUAAAAUAUCUUACCAUUGGGAGUAUCAUGAUAUCAAAAGGGUACAAUGUUGUGGCUGCGAACUUAAUGUAAAACAGGAAAGUCUAACAAUUAUUUGUAUCCCCCACCCCAAAAAAAAAAGAAUUACCGUAUUUUUGGAAGUAUAAGUCGCACUGGAGUAUAAGUCACAUUUUUUGGGGAAAUUUAUUUGAUAAAACCCAACACCAAGAACAGACAUUUGAAAGGCAAUUUAAAAUAAAUAAAGAAUAGUAAACAACAGUUUGAAUAAGUGUACGUUAUAUGACGCAUAAAUAACCAACUGAGAAGGUGCCUGGUAUGUUAACGUAACAUAUUAUGGUAAGAGUCAUUCAAAUAACUAUAACAUAUAGAACAUGCUAUAAGUUUACCAAACAAUCUGUCACUCCUAAUCGCUAAAUCCGAUGAAAUAUUAUACUUCUAGUCUCUUACGUGAAUCAGCUAAAUAAUAUUAUUUGAUAUUUUACGAUAAUGUCUUAAUAAUUUCACACAUAAGUCGCUCCUGAUUAUAAGUCACACCCCCGGCCAAACUAUGAAAAAAACUGUGACUUAUAGUCCGAAAAAUACGGUAAAUGAAUCAAUAACAAUGUCAUAAUAUUGCGAGAUAUAUGUUUUUCAUAGGAUAUCAACAACACAAUGUAGGAAUAAAUGUUGCUGCAAACUCAAUAAAACAUCCAUGUCUACAGUAAUAACUCUAUGUAUCUCCCACGAAAGACAAACAAGUGACUUGAAUUAAAUUUUAAAAAAUGAGAUACAAAAAUAAAAACUUUCAAUUGAAAGGUAAAACAUGUUUUUUGGAGAUACAUGUUUUUCAUUGGAUAGCAACAAUUCUAAACGUAUUGCCUGAUAAUACCCGACCCUUGACAAGUAAUUACAACACCUAUCCCUGCUGCCCAAAAGAAAAGCAUGUAUGUCACUAUUUCUAAUUCCCUACUUAGGUUUCUUGUUUCUAUUAAUUGUAUAUUUUAGAAAAAGACUGUUGUAUUUACACUCUUUAAAUUGCAACAUAGGGAUAUACAGUACAUGCUUGUCAUGGGACAGCAACAAGACGGAAAGUAUUCUCCAACAUAGAGUCAAAGUAUAUACACUGAUGUAUUUACCCAGGGUUUUUUUUUUAAAGAACAUUCACCAAAAUGAAAUGAUUCACACAAAAAUGUCCAACUAUGAAUGCCUGGCAAAAUACAGUUUUUUUUUUUUUUGUCAUAUAUACUACAGCCUAUGUAUGACAAUAGUAUGUGGCAGAUUCACAUACAGUUAAGUCUCAGAUGAUUCAUACACUUCCCAAAUUCUUUGGUUAAAGUGCAUUUUUCUGUGUUAAAUGGGCUUUUAUUUUAGAUAGAAAUGCCAAGAACGUAUCAAUUAAGGUAAAUAUCUUGUACCAUUCUUAAAGAUCCUGGUAACUCCAAGCAUAUUGUACCAUUUAACAAUAACUUGAAGUGUGGUCAGGGUAUGAAUCAUUUUGGCCAUGCCAUUACGUAAUGUGGCCGAAAGGCUUUCACCAUCACUUAGAUAGAAAAUGAUUAGGCAGUUGCAUUAUCUUAUUAGUGCAUUUAUGACCUCAGUUGUCAAUGGCACUGGCAAACUCCUGCAGACCUUUCAGCUUACACUGGCUUUUAAGUUAUUUUGUCAUUUAUUUAAGCACAGACGGACAUGAUAGAAGGCCCGUGUUUGUAAUGUGUACAGUAUGUGAAUAUGCAUGGGCAGGGCAUCCUCAAAACAGAAAUAUUCAUCACUAUCGACUGAAGGCUUCAUUUAUCAGAACCUAAAGACUUUCAUUCUCGUGUUCUUCAAAAUAUGUUGAGGGAUUCUGCAAAAGCAAUAAAACACACGUCACAGUGGACAACAAUCCAGUCAUCUCUGCUUGGGAAAUAAACAAAACAAAACAAAAAAAAACAUGUAUUUUUCUUUGAUUAAUAACAGUGUUUGUAAAUAUUAUCAAAUGUUAGAGAUGUCAAUAUGUUGAACGAAAGAGUAUGAACACAUGCACUCCAGUUCCUGACAAUUUCAACCAAAAACAAUGUAUUUCUUUUGUUGUUGUUUUUGCUUCCAAACAUUUUUUUUAACUGUCAACGAAAACGUGUAAAAACUCAAGUCGGAAUGUAAAGAAUUGACUUUUUUUCUGUUCUUCAGUUCAUUAUACAAGCAUUAC